CGGCAUAAAAAGCAGUCAAGUGGUUUUCGGUAACCAAUCACAAGCUUCCGAGGUAUAAUCAUCAACAUCUUCAACCCCCUGCAGCGUAACAUCUUACUUUCCUUGACGAUUUCUUGGCCCAUUCAUUGGCUCAUUACUUCGUAAUUUCAAUCCGAGAACAAGCUUUGAUUGGCCCCGUGAAUGUUCACCCAAUAGAGGUAACCAGUCAGCACAUUUUUUUCCAAGGCCUAAGCCACCACUGAACCAAAAGGCCGUGGAUUCCACGAAUUUUCACUUCGCAACCUCAACUAAACACCAACCAACUUCAACUGAGAUAUCGCAAGUGACAAGGGACGUAAAUUAUGGCGCCAAAUCUGAAAACUGCGGUCCUUGAGGCUCGUAUGACAAACAAGCCGCCGUUUACUGUCGAAGCUCCAGGUUACUCUCCCGUCUCUGGUGAGACGAUACCCCGCCGAAGCAUCCGAUCACCAGGAAAGCUCAUAAUCUCACCGGAUGAGGAGAACAUAGCUACCGUUUUCGACAUUGUAAAGAACAGUGCCAAGAAGUUUGGGGAUCAAAAGGCUGUAGGCUCAAGAAAACUCAUCAAGAAACACAAUGAGACCAAGAAAGUCAAGAAGAUGGUCAACGGGGAGCUUCAAGAGGUGGAUAAGAUGUGGACUUAUUUUGAGCUGAGUGGUUAUACGUACAUAAGUUUUAAGGAGUAUGAGACUUUGGUUUUGCAGUUGGGUGCGGGGUUGAGAAAGUUGGGUCUUAAGGCGGAGGAUAGAGUGCAUAUGUUUGCUUCUACGAGGUGAGAGAUUUAUGACAGCUUUAUUAACAAGCUAACCAGAAAAUAGUGCUCACUGGCUUUCUAUGGCUCACGGAACCAUGUCACAAUCCAUGGCGAUAGUCACUGCAUAUGAUACCCUUGGUGAGGCAGGACUCCGUUCAUCUCUACUAGCUACUCGAGCCAAAGCUAUCUUCUUGGAACCUCAUCUCAUCAAGACUUUCAUCAAUACUUUGAAAGAUUCCAAGGAUAUUCAGUUCAUCAUCUAUAACACAGAUGCUGAAAACGCCAUCGAUGAAGCUGAUCUAGAGACGUUGAAAAAUUCCCAUAAAGGACUGACCGUUCUUAAUUAUGAGGAAUUGAGACAAAUGGGCGCUAAAAACCCAGUCAGUGCUGUGCCGCCAAAAGCUGAAGAUCUUGCCUGUAUUAUGUAUACUUCUGGUUCUGGAGGAGCACCGAAGGGGGUGGAGUUGACCCAUGCAAACGUCGUGGCCGCUGGUAAGUUUGAUAUAGAAAAUGAGUGAGGUCGCAAUAUUAACAAUCUUCUAGUUGCUGGAGCAGACAGUUGUGUGGGAGACUACUUGGGACCCGGAGACUCUCUAUUAACGUAUCUACCCUUGGCCCAUAUUUUCGAGUUUGUAUUUGAGAACGCAUGUCUUUACUGGGGUGGAACCAUGGGUUAUGGAUCUAUCCGAACACUUUCGCAAGCAAAUUGCCGGAAUUGCAAGGGUGAUAUUGAAGAAUUCAAGCCUACCCUUCUAGUUGGUAUUCCAGCAGUUUGGGAACAGGUCAAGAAAGGGAUCAUUGCGAAGGUUGAGAAGGGUAGUCCUCUUGCCAGGAAGAUAUUCUGGAAUGCUUAUGCUAAGAAGAAGUAUGUUUUGCCAAAUAUGGAUGCAUCGGGACAAAAACUGACAAACUUAGGUUUCUGAUGCAGAAAGGAUUACCUGGAGCUUCAGUUUUGGAUAUGCUGGUUUUCAACAAAGUAAAAGCAGCUACCGGUGGACGCUUAAGAUUCUGUAUGAACGGAGCUGCUCAAGUAGCUCGUGAAACACAAAUGUUCAUCUCGCUUUGUAUAGCACCUAUGAUCAACGGUUACGGCAUGACCGAAACCUCAGCGUAAGCAUCUUUUACUCGCCUUUAAACCUCCAAUCCAUUUGGCUAAAAUUAUAUCUAGUAUGGGCGCUCUUUGCAAUCCCGGAGCCUGGACAGUAGAUGCACACGGAGACAUCCCAGCAACCAUCGAGAUUAAACUCGUAGACUUUCCAGAUGCAGGCUAUCACGCGACCAACAAACCCAACCCCCAGGGUGAAAUCUGGAUCCGGGGUCCUAGCGUGAUAAAAAGGUAUUACCAAGAUGAGCAACAGACGAAAGAUGCCAUCGCGGAGGGUGGAUGGUUCAUGACGGGUGACAUUGGAGAGUUCGACAAGCACGGGCACGUGAAGGUGAUCGACCGAAAAAAGAAUCUGGUCAAGACCUUGAAUGGAGAAUAUAUCGCUCUAGAAAAGGUUCGUUUCCCUACCCCUCUUCCCUGUUUUCAGAUCUCAUUAAUAUGAGAAUAAUAUAUCACGGUUUUACUAACGGAAACGACCAUAGCUCGAGUCCGUAUACCGCUCCGCAACCGUCGUAGCAAACCUCUGCGUCUACGCCUCCAUCACCGAAACCAACCCCAUCGUCAUCAUCGUCCCCGCGGAACCCGCCCUCAUCGCCCUCGCCCAAUCCAUCGGCGUCGAAGGCCACGGUCUCGGUGACCUCGUGAACGAUGCGAAGGUCCAGGCGGAAGUGCUGAAACAAGUUCAAGCUGUGGGUAGACGAGCUGGAUUGGCGAGUAUGGAGAUUGUGGUGGGGAUUGUGUUGGCGGAUGAGGAGUGGACGCCUAUUAAUGUGAGUCUCCCCCUUCUUAAUUUUUACCUUGUGGUUGUACGUCUUUUCGGCUUUGGGGUUCUAAUUUGAAUAGGGAUUGGUCACCGCAACGAAUAAAUUGAACCGAAGGGGAAUCGUGGAGCAGUAUAAGGCUGAGAUUGAGAAGGCGUAUAAGAAGUAGAUGAGGUGGAUGUAAAGUGUAAAGUAUAGAUAUCCCGACGGAGACACUAUAAUUCUCUACGUGGCAUGUUGGUGGGAGUAUAAUUGCAGGUGAGAUAGAUUCUUCGAAUUAGGGGGUUGUUUUGCAGAUUAUAAUAGCUUGUAUUUUAUAAUUCACAUCUAGGGGUUUAAUAGUAUUAUUCUUCCUUUUUAAGGGUGGAAAGUAAUUGGAGCUGUUUUGGCG